UAACGAAACUACACUUUCACCAAUCAACAUUACUUUGUCUUCAAACUAAUGUGCUAACUGGUCUGAGUUACCAAGUUCACUCGAUCAUCAAGAUUGCACACAGUGUGCAAAUUAAAAAAUUUUGAUAAAUUGAAAGCUACAUAAACAUCCACGAUGGAUCAAAUGCUCCCGAGUCCGGGAUUCAGCAUCCCGAGUAUCGGUACACCGUUACAUCAACCUGAAGAGGAUCAACAAAUAUUGCCGAAUGCGCUACAACAACAACAACAAGUCCAACAAAAUCAUCAACUACAGCAAAUGCAUCCAAUGGGUUCAAACGUACAUGGAAUGCCAAUGUUGGGUACACCGCACAAAACCAUGCACACUUAUGCUCCUGCAUUCGCAACGCCGCAAAGUCUUAUGCAGCCACAAACACCGCAAAAUAUGAUGUCACCUAUGGUUCAACCAGCAAGUCAAAUAGCUCCCCCUUCAAUCGGACCGUCAACUCCAGGGCCGAUGACACCAAUGACACCGGCUUCCGCUGAUCCUGGAAUCCUACCCCAGCUUCAGAACAUUGUGUCAACGGUGAAUCUGAACUGCAAGCUUAACUUGAAGGAAAUUGCACUGCAUGCUAGAAACGCAGAAUAUAAUCCGAAACGAUUUGCUGCAGUUAUAAUGCGGAUAAGAGAACCCAGAACGACUGCUUUGAUAUUCAGCAGCGGGAAAAUGGUAUGUACCGGUGCUAAAAGUGAAGAGGACUCUCGGCUGGCUGCAAGAAAAUAUGCACGUAUCAUACAAAAGCUUGGAUUUCCAGCAAAAUUUUUGGAUUUUAAAAUUCAAAAUAUGGUUGGAAGCUGCGAUGUUAAAUUCCCUAUCAGAUUAGAAGGACUUGUAUUAACGCACGGCCAGUUCUCUUCAUAUGAACCAGAACUAUUCCCUGGCUUGAUAUAUCGAAUGGUUAAACCCCGUAUCGUCUUGCUUAUAUUUGUUUCUGGCAAAGUUGUUUUGACCGGUGCAAAAGUACGGCAAGAAAUUUAUGAAGCUUUCGAUAACAUAUAUCCAAUUCUGAAGAGUUUUAAGAAGCAGUGAUUGGGAACAGAAUUUGACAAUAUUUUUGAUACCCUGAUGAAUAGAUAGUCUUCUGAUUUUUUUUUUUUUUAUUAAUGCUGCUAUUUGCAGAGGUGUACAGAACGACGAGUGUUCGUUAUUUGUUAAAAAAAAAAAAAAAAAAAAACUGAAAUAGCAGAUACUAAAAACGUUGUUAUUUGAAAUGAAGUACUAUCGGUUUUUUGCGAGCACUUAUUUAUUCUUACAGGCUUACAGGUGCCUUAUGCCGCAAAGCCGUUAUCUUUUAUGAACAAUUCUUAGAUUAAGUUGUUGAUUCUGGGCUUUGCCUUUAAGUAAUGAAAAAUAAACUUAGUGUACCAAGUA